AAGAUACUGCAAAUGAGCACUGCAGAGAGAUUCAUCCACGGCAAGCUGCUGGAAAAAGCAGUGAUAGUCCUUGAUGGAGGCCUGGGGACUGAGCUUCGCAAAGCCCACCUAACCGAAGCGGACUACCGCGGCGCACUCGAUAUCCCGGCAGCUCAAGCACAGCAGGGCAACUGCGCACUUCUUUCACUGACCCAGCGCGCGCUCGUACAGACACUGCACGAACGAUUCCUCGAAGCAGGUGCAGACAUAAUACAGACGAAUACGUUUUGCGCCAACGUCGUCGACCAGAACCGCUUUUACGGGAUUGGCGUCGACUCGAAGCUAGUCGCUGAAAUGAACAGGCAGUCUGUGCGCAUUGCACUAGAUGCUGUUGCAAGGUCCGGCCGAAACGCUCUCGUGUGCGGUUCAGUUGGACCUACGCAUGCCGCGGUCACAAUUGAAACAUUCGAGCACAUACACUUUGAGGAGCUCUUUGGCGUGUACUGCGAUCAGAUACGCGCGCUGGUCGAAGGCGGCUGCCGGGUAUUCCUGGUUGAGAGCGUUAUGGACUGGGUCAAUGCGCGCGCCGCCAUGGCCGCCAUCCACCAGAUCGCGGCAGUGUGCAAUGUGCAGCUUCAGGCAAUUGUCUCCGCUGGAGUUGGGGCCAAGGAUGGCAGAAUCAUGUCGGGGCAGUCCUGGGAGGAGUUUGCACGUGCUUUCGCGGCAUAUCCGAAUGUGCUAGCCGUGGGUCAGAACUGCGGCGACUGUGCUCCAGACUUUAGCAGCAGCACUGUCGGGCGUAUCAGAGACAGCACCGAUGCAUGCUACUCACUGACACCCGAGACGUUUGCUGCAGAGAUGGCAAGGUUUGUCGGUUCUGAGAUGGUCGAUAUGGUGGGCGGGUGCUGCGGCAUCACACCCAUGCACAUCAGGGCAAUGGCCAGCCAGUGCAAUGGCGAGUCAAGGACACUAGGUUCUGCUUUGCGGGUGCGAGAGAAGGUGUGCACGGUAAGUGGCCACGGGGCGCUACCAAGUAUUGUCAUAUCCAGCACUUGGUCGACCGACGAUAUUGCGAGUGCGAUCAUGGCAGCAGUCAGUGGCACUGGCAGCGCGGUUCUGCGUGUCCAGUUUUCGUCGUCGGGGCAGUCGUUGCGUCUGCUUUGCGCAUUGGCCAAACGCGCAGUGAUUGAGCUCAGCUGCACCUUGGUUGUCGACUCAGCUGACACCUCAGGAAUAGAACUGCUCCUUGAGCGCGCGCCCUGCAUGUGCCUGACAAAUGUGCAAGCUGGAUUCGGUCCUAUGGUGCAGGGCUAUAUUUAG